AUGAACAGAAGCCUAAUCCCCAACGGAAACUCAUACAUGAAAUUAGCUUAUAAGCUUGACGACAUGGAUCCGUUGCAGAAGCCUCAAGCUAUGAAAUCGAUUGAGAGUGAAAUUAACUCUGUUAACGACAACCCGUUGAUCGAUGUUUUGAGGAACAUGGCGAUUCAUGGUGGUAACUUCCAGGGAACACAAACUGGAGUUACUAUGGACAACACGAGAUUGGCCAUUGUUGCGAUUGGGAAGCUUAUGUUUGCUCAAUUCUCUGAGCUUGUGAAUGAUUUCUACAACAGUGGACUUCCUUUGAAUCUAACAACUUCGAGUCAUCCAAGUUUGGAUUAUGGUUUCAAAGGAGCUGAGAUAAGUGUUGUUUACAAGAAAACUCUAGGUGUUGUUGAGUACCUAGUGUUGACUCAGAUUGCUUUAUAA